UUACUGAAGAGUCCCAGGGCUUUCAAAUUGUUAAAAAUCUUUGUUAAGCGCACCAUUGAAGAUGAGAUCAAAAGCCUUCGCUUUUAUUAUCCUAUUAAUCCUCUCAGGAGAACUCUAUGCAGAAGAGAAGCCCUGUGGUCCUCCUCGUGUGAAAAAUGGGAGGAUUGCCUUAUAUUACUAUACUUUUGAAAGUUUCUACUUUCCGAUGAGUGUAAACCAAAAACUGUCAUUUUCCUGCUUGGCGGGUCACACGACGCUCUCGGGGAAGCAAGAGGGGAGAACGGUGUGCACAGCCGAGGGCUGGUCCCCAGAGCCCUCCUGCUUCAAAAAAUGCACGAAGCCUGACCUGAGACAUGGGCACAUCUCCGAGGCAAAACUGUUGUACACAGUUCAGGAGACCAUGCAUUACCGUUGUAGCACAGGGUACAAAACCCCGGGGGGCCAGGACGAAGAAGCCGUGCGCUGUCUGGCCGAGGGGUGGUCUUCUCCGCCCACCUGCAGGAAGGAGCAGGAGACAUGCCUGGCCCCGGACUUGCACCAUGGAAAUUAUUCCACGACACAGAGAAGGUUCCGUGUGAAGGACACAGUGCGCUACCAGUGUGAACCCGGCUACUUCGCUGCCGGGGGAGGGGCCACGGAGGAGGCUGAGUGUCGAGCCUAUGGCUGGUCCCUCCCACCGAAAUGCACCAAAUUAAAUUGCUCCUCUUUAAGAUCAAUAGAAAAUGGUUAUUUUCGUCCCGUCAAGCAAACCUAUGAAGAAGGAGAUGUAGUUCAGUUUUUCUGCAAUGAAAAUUAUUACCUCAGUGGAUCUGAUUUAAUUCAGUGCUAUAACUUUGGCUGGUACCCAGAAGCUCCUGUAUGUGAAGGGAGAAGAAACCGAUGCCCUCCUCCACCGCUGCCUCCGAACUCCAAGAUCCCGACCUACUCAACAGCCUACCACCACGGAGAAGCGGUUCGGUUAGAAUGCGAGGCGGACUUUGAGAUUCAGGGCUCAGAGGAGAUUCGCUGUCACAGCGGGACCUGGACGGAGCCUCCAAAAUGCGUUGAGGUGACGGAGAAGACAGCUUGUGGGGAGCCGCCCUCGGUGGAGAAUGGCGCAGCAAACCUCCUCUCUAGGGUUUAUUACAAUGGAGACAAAGUGACCUACAGCUGUCAAAGCGGUUACGACCUCCGUGGACCAAAAGAAAUAAUCUGUAAAGGCGGGACCUGGACGAGCCCCCCCGAGUGUGUGGCAAACAGGGAGACGUGUAAGCCCCCGCCUGACAUUGCAAACGGGGCUGUUGUCGAGCGGUUACUGGUGAGCUAUGCGGCGGGCUCCUCGGUGGAGUACAAGUGCCACCAGUACUACAUUCUGAAGGGAGACGAAAGGUCUCGCUGUCAGCACGGCCAGUGGUCAGCCCCGCCUGUUUGCUUAGAGCCGUGCACUGUGAGCGAGGAGGCCAUGGAGACGAACAACAUACAGGUGAAGUGGAAAUAUGCCGGGAAGGUCUUGCACGGAGACUUGAUAGACUUCGUGUGCAAAGAGGGGUUCGAUCCGUCUCCAUCCACCCCACUGUCUGCAUUGUCCGUGCAGUGCAACAGGGGGCACGUGACAUACCCCUUAUGUGUGAGAAAAGAAUCUAAAGGAACGUGUGCAUCUCCUCCGCUUAUUGCAAAUGGAGUCACUGUUCAAUCAAAAUUGGAGCCCUAUGAAAACGGCUCCUCGGUGGAAUACAGGUGUUCCCAGUUCUACUUCCUACAAGGGUCUAAAGAGUCCUACUGUUUAGAAGGAGUGUGGACGGCACCUCCCUCCUGUUUAGAGCCCUGCAGCUUAUCUUUCAGUGAAAUGGCACAAAACAAUUUACUCCUGAAGUGGAGUUUCGACAACAGACCAUUUAUCAUCCACGGCGAGUAUGUGGAGUUUGUUUGCCAAGGAGACAGUGUUCUGCCCGAGUUAUCUGGUGCGGGGUCUGCACUGAGAGUGGUUUGUGACCGGGGGCAGCUGAGAUACCCCAGAUGUGUCCAGAGAGAAAGUUCACCACUUUAUCAUCAAGAACCCUUAAGGACAUAAAUUGAGUGGCAGAAGAAUUGUAUUCCAACACAUCAUAAAAUUGUUUGAGAAAUGUAAUUUUUAGAAGAAAAAUGCUGGACUAGAAACCUCUAAGUUUUCACUUACCUGGGAGUUCGAAUCUAUAUAAUUUAUGAUAAACAUUUUCUUCACCUAGAAAUAAAAACCAGAGCAAGUCUUUUGAUUUCUAGUUUGUCAUCUAUUAUAUUGUUGAUUGGCACAUCAAAAUAUUUGUCUCCUAUUGUCCAUUUACUCCCAUUAUUUUUAAUUCAAUCUUUGAGUCAAUAUUUAAAAAAACAGUAAUGAUAAGAAACUCUACCUUGUAUUAAAACAUUUUCUUCAGUGAAGAGGAGACUUUUUGACAGUCACUGAUUGAAUGAGACACUAGAGUGGUUUUUGAAGAGACACAGGUGACUGUAAUAACAGAAGACUGAUCUGACAGAGGCCAUGGAAAAGAACUUGGGGCAGUGACGUCCUCAUCUGUACCAGCUUUGGUGGUCAGUCACGUGGGAGGUGGCAGUGGAGACAGCACCCAGGAGCUGGAGGGAAGAGAGAUACAGGACGUGAAGUCAUCUGGACUUCAUGUCUGGUCAGGUACCGGACCAGACAUGGAGUAGGAGCCAUGGAGCCAGAGAAAAGGCUCCAGGAGGCCCGCUUGGUCUCUGGCUUGACUGAGUGGAUGGGGUUCUGUCUCCAUGGGACAGGACGCAUUGGAGGAGGAAGCACUGUAACCCAAUGGCGAGCAGAUGCAGAUGUUUGCAUGAAAAAUGUCAUUGCCAAACAACAAGAUGAAGGGAGCAGUUGAUUCUCAUGGUUAAUGCUGUGAUACAUCACCAAGAUUCCCUUCAGAAACGACUUUCUCUGCAGUGGCUGGGAGUUCAAAAUGAUCAGCUCCCUAAGGGGUCUGAACUCCUGUAGGGGGGCCUGAAUUGGUGAGUGGUCAGCAGUGGUUUUAAAGAAAAGACCCCUCACCCCAGCUUAGACUAACUCUAAAGGGUUGGCCCAUCUUCGAAGUGCUCCAUAAAGGUGGCAGACACCACCGUUAGAAACUUGUUUGCUGUUCAGCUUGUCCAUCCUGUCGCCUUCUUUCCCUUCCUCAGGGGGGUGCGGGAUCCAAAGAGUAGUCCCUAAACAACCUCUUGGCUGCUGAUCUCCAUCUCACACCCUGCUUCCCUGGAAACCCGAACCGUGGCAGCCAUACAAGCGGGGCAGUCAGAGGAGAGUCCUGGUUGGAGCUUGGGUGGAAAAGUUGAAGCAAUUCAGAAGUACCGCUUGGAAGUUACAAAAUUGUCAUGAGGAAGCUAAGUGCAGAGUAGGAAAUAUAGUCAAUGAUAUUGGGAUGACCACACAGACAGUGCCAGGUGGGUGCUGGAAAUGUCGGGGGAACACUUUGUAACGUGUGUGAUUGUCUAAGCACUAUGCUGGGCGUCUGCAGCUAGCACAAAAUAAUAUGGAGUGGAAACCGAAAUUUAAAUUUCUUUUUAAAUUAGAAAAUUGAUAAAAAGGAACAGAGCACCUACAUAAUUCAGAGUCAUCGGUUAGAUGUCUAUUAGAGCAAAGGUGGCACACAGAUUAGGGGCAGGCCCAGCUCAGGGCUCUGAGAGGCUCCGGGUUUAGUGACUGGCGGUAGGAAAGCUGUCACUAUAACCGAGGGACCUGUUAGGGAAGACUGAGCUGGUCCAGGGGAGACGGCCCACAUUCCCCAUCGCCUUUGAAGGAACAGCAUCAUCACCUGGCAACUGAGACUUGUGGCA